CUCUUCAAUUGGGCGACGCUCUCUCUCCUCUUUCUGCAUCUUCCAUGCUCCUAACCCGCCUUCUUUCUCUUCAGUUGCGCUACUCUUUCUCUUCAAUUGCGCGACGCUUCAUCUUCCUCGGUCCUAACCCCACCUUCUUUGUCUUCAAUUAUGCGACGCUUUCUCUCCUUUUUUUUCUAAAGUACUAUCCCUCCCUCUCGCUCCCAGGAGCCUGGCUGGUGGCCUUCCGAGCUCAGAACCGCCGCCUCCGGCACGUCGCCUCCGCGUCCGCCGUCGCCUUCGGGAGCCACUCCAUCUCUGUCGCUCCCAAGAGCCCUGCCGAUCGCAUCCUGAGCUCAGAUCCGACGCCUCCGCCACGUCGCCUCCAGGAACCAGUCUCUCUCUCUAACUCUCUCUCUCCUAAGAGCCCCUACCGGUCGCAUCCCAAGCUCAGAUCCUCCUCCACCGUCCCCUGCCGGUCGUAGCUGCCGGAUCCCGAUCUCAUAUCCGCCUCCACCCUCCUUCUUAGCGUCCUUUUUCGUGUUUUCGUGAUGCAGAGGCAGUCCAAUGCGCUCGCCAUAAGGAGAUUGAAGGAAAUUCAGGGCUACAGAGGCAAGAGGCACGUCCAGGGGCUGCCUCUUGAAUAGUGCGGAAGGAUGAAUUAAAGGCAGUGAUCUCUUCAACACACCACGUAUCGACAAGACAAAAACCAUGCCUUCUUCUUCUUCUCAUAAAUGGAGAUACGACGUAUUCGUGAGUUUCAGAGGCUGCGACGUGAGGAACAAGUUCCUAUCGCACCUCUUCCGGGAGCUGCGACGGGCUGGGCUUCGCUACUUCAGGGACAAUGACAUCAAAGACAUUGGGAAAAAGAUCAGGGUCAAGCUCUUCAGAGCGAUCCGCUACUCGAGGUUCGCCAUCGUCUUGUUCUCCGAGAACUUUGCCGCAUCCAAGUGGUGCCUGGACGAGCUGGUCCAGAUCCUCAUGUGCAGAAGGAAGCUCAAGAAACAUGGCCACGUGGUUAUUCCUGUAUUUUUUGGCGUGGACGCAACUGAACUUUCGAAGUUGACUAGCAGAACAAAAUUUGGGCAGGGUUUCAAGAGUUUGUGUAGGAAAGCGAGAGACAAGGAAAAGAUUCCAAAAUGGAAGCUUGCCCUAGCAGAGGCUAAGAGCAUUUCGGGUUUCGAUUUGCAGAAGCACGCCAAUGGGGAUCAAGCGUCUUUCAUCGAGCAAAUUGUAGGACGUCUCUUAGAGUAUAUUCCCAGAACAAGCUCCCCCGAUGCUAUUGGGGUAGGACUCGUUCCAUCUUCUUCCGCUUCGGUUCAUAGGUGGAAGUACGACGUGUUCGUGAGCUUCAGGGACGGGGACAUAAGGAAGAAUGUCGCGGCCCACUUCUUCCGCGCACUGAAGCAGGCGGGGAUCUACUACUUCGGGGACAAUGAAAAAGAGAAGACGCGGAUUCUCAUUGAGGGCAAGCUACCCGACGCGAUCCGCAAUUCGAGGGUUUCUCUUGUCGUGUUCACUGCCAAAUAUGCCGACUCACGGCGGUGCUUGAACGAGCUGGUGGAGAUCCUGGAGUGCAACAGGAGAGAUCAUCAGGGUCAUGUGGUUCUGCCCAUUUUCUACGGUGUUGAGCCAUGCGACGUUCGGAAACAGAGCGGGCAAUUCGGGGAUGGUUUUAAAAGCUGUUUGGCCACCCACACGGACGAUUUGCUGGUGCAGAAGUGGAGGCAUUCGCUUAAAGAAGCUGGGAAUUUGUCAGGAUGGGAUUUGAAUAAUGAUGCUAAUGGGGAUCAAGCGUAUUUCAUCGAGCAAAUUGUAGGACGUCUCUUAAAGAUUAUUCGCAGAACAAGCUCCCGCGAUGCUAUUGGGGUAGAUUCCUUUGUAGAUGAUGUGAUAUCGUUGCUGAAGAUUGGGUCAGAGGAUAAGGUCCAUGUGGUCGGACUAUGGGGAAUGAAAGGAAUUGGUAAGACAAUGGUGGCCCAAGCCGUCUACCAUCGCGUUUCUAGGGAAUUUGACGGGGUUAGCUUUCUUGAAAAUGUUGGAGUUGCAAACCAAGAUACGCUUUUACUUCUUCAGAAGAAACUUCUCCACGAUGUUCUGAAGGUACGAGAUCUAAAAAUUUAUGAUCUUAACAGCAACAUCAACGAGAUAAAAGCUAAGCUCUGUCAGCACAGGAUCCUUCUAGUUCUUGAUAACAUUACUAAGAAGAACCAAAUUGAGUGUUUUGGCGCUGGAGAUCGAGAAUGGUUCAAAUGUGGGAGUAGAAUCUUGAUAACUACAAGAGAAGAAUGGCUUCUGAAUGAUCUCAAAGUGGAUGAUAACUACAUGCUCCCUGGACUGGGUUCUGAAGAAUCGCUCCAACUCAUGGGGCUCCACGCCUUUGGCAAGGACCAACCUAAAGAAGGGUAUGAGGAGUUCAAGAGUCUUGUCCACUAUGCAGGUGGUCUGCCAGACUUUCUUAAGAGAUUUGGUUUCUUUCUUUCUAGUAGGCAAAAUCAGUGGCAUGAGAUAUUGGAGAAGUUGGGAAGGAAUCCUCAUCUUGAUUCAAUUUUAGAUCCAUUCUCCUCUCUUCGUCAGUCUGUAGGGCCAUUCGGAGGCCAUGGUGGAGAUUCUUUUGAUGAUCAAACAUACGAUGGUAUAACACAGAUAGUGGUUGUAAUUGGAAGAGUGAUCAACUCCAUUACUAUUAACUAUGUUCAGAAUGGGUGUUUUGUGCGCUCGCCAAGACAUGGGGGAUCUUUAAGAGGCCACACACAUUAUGUGAGUCCAUCAUUAUGGUAA